AUGUGGUCGCCACUCCCUGUGUACUCGGUCCCUAAGGGGAAGCGGCGGAAUCUUCCCAAGGGCACGCCCUCAAAACCACCCGUUUCAGGUGUUCCGGCAACGGCUUCCUCUAGCGGUUCGGCACCAAACAAAUUAUUCCAGAGCUUUAGUGAGUUGCUGGACCCGGCAAUGGAUGGACCGCCGUCGCCAGAACGUAUCAGAGCCCUCACUUCACAGAUGCGGAGGACUUCCUUGGCAGAGACACAUCAGAGUCACCAGACAAACUCAUCAGGCUCGUCAAUGAUGUCGACAACAUCGGAUAGGCCGUCAUGGGAGCAUGGUCCAGAGAACCUGACGGUUUCAAGGAGGUCGUCACAGCGCUCUAUUUCAGGCGGCAUGCCUCCGCGAGAGCGGCCAGAAAGUGUUCAGAUAUUUGGAAAGACUCUCUUCAACCGUAAAGGUAAACUGCGCAGAGAAAGCAGUGACCAAGGCUCGUCAAAUAGCUCCUUGCAUUCGGCUGAGGUGUCUACAGACCCCAGCUCGUCGACUUCCAAGGAUCAGAACUUCUUAAAUGCUGUCGCUGGCUUCACCAGACGGAGGACAAAUACCCUCGAUGACGGCCCACAGCAGAGAAAGCUGCAGAUUUCUGGUCCUUAUAAUUUCCAGCAUCUUGCGCACACUGAAAAAGACAAUGUUGCAGGGAAAAGUCGAGUCAAUCAUGCGGAGCCAGCACCGGUCUUCUCAGAGAUACGAUACGGCCGAAGACCAACUGAUCCCUCACUAAGGGGAAUCCAGGCGGAUGACAUGCUUGCUAAUGUCCAUCCUGGGCAUUAUACUCUACAACAAGAUCCGUGUGCAGGUUUCCACGCCUCACAUGAUGUUGAGCCUACAGCACGCCCCGACAUCGAGCGGAUGAGACCACAGCGAGCUUCUCCUCCGCCUGUACCGAUGCGCUCGAUGAAGCGAACCCAGUCCGAGGACCAGAUCCGCGUUGCUCCGCCACGCCCACCGAGAUCUCCAACACAGCAAGGGUUUGCCCCCUCGAUUGACCCUCCACCGCGAAAGUCCAGUCGAGGAUCGGUGCAACACGGUGGCUUCAAUGGAUUGGGUACUAUCAACGUGGACCAGCCAAUUACUGGGUUCGGACUUCGGCAGCCAAAACCUAUAGUGUGGCCAGCCUUGCCAGAGACAUCUGCGCCAUUUAUUGAUGGUGCAGCUGCUCAGCAAAGCUUGCCUGGGCCAAGUAGGAGGUUUUCCCAUGCCAUCACCACGCCGGAUGAUGCUGCGUGGCCCCUCGCGGUAGAACCGACUGCAACGGCUCUGCCAGAUGUACCUGAGGAGGAAGAAAACCAGGGUAUCUCUCGGUCGCGUAUCAGUGUCGCCAGCAACUCCUCCUCGCUGCGGGGAAGCAUGUCCGUUCCGUUGCUUCGCCAGAUAACGCACUCACAGGCGGCACCAACUGUGCGACCACCAAGCAAUGCAUCUGAUACAUUGGGCAGGUUUGACUUGUUCGCUGCACAACGGGCCCUGCGCGCCAGCGCAGAGGACAGUGAAUGCGAGGAGCUUCCCAACGAAACAUGGGAAGACGACAUUGAUUAUUGCUACGAACACGAGGCCGAAGCCGAUUGUGACUACGCCUGGGAGCGACCCUCGUGUGACUUUGAACGAGAGGAUAUUCGGGACAGCCACACUCUUGGCCAUGCUGCUUUGAGGUACCCAAGUCACGGCUCUGGCUCGACAGAUCUGCUGUCUCCUCCCGGACAAGACGACGUCCCUGCGCUCAGCCCCGUGAGCCAGAUCUCAGACGGGACUCAGCAGGAAGCCAAGACACCAACGGUGUCCGUACUCCCCGUUACAUCGAACUUUUCCCUCCCCAGAAGAGACAGCUCUGCUUUGCUCACUCGUGGCCACGCCAGCAAAAUAUCUGGCGCUGAGAACUUGAAGGAAUACCAGGAGUUCAAUCUCUCACCAUCCCUUUUGAUUCCGAACGACUAUCAUCAACAGAUGCUUCUCUACGAAAGAGAGGCGUUACGCGAGGAGGACGAGGAUCUUUACGUGGCACCACUGUCGCCAUCUGGAACACACUUUGCCAAAUCAGCAAUGUCUCUCCAUGCUCGUUCAAGCGCAUCGACCACAGACUCUAUGAUGUCAGACCAAUCAGGCUCAAGUCGUCACAAGUCGACAACAUCAACAUCGACCACAUUGACUCGCUGGACAAACAGCACAGCAUGCACUAUUGACGGAUGGCAACCAUCUAUCUUGGAGAAGGAUUACGCCGCUUGCAACCUGGAAAAAUUCGCCGUCGACCCUUUGCCCGAGAUGGACGAGAGCCGCUUCGCGCGUGACGUCAGUCGUGAAAGACACUCCCGUGCACAAUCCCAUGCCGACGUGCUUCUCGUGAAGUCCAGCUCCGAAACAACUAUGGCUCACCACAACAAGCCCAUGAGAGAGACCGUAGGCUCUCGCCGUCGUGCUAAAACUACGAGCAGAAGUCAUAACCAAGCCCCCGCGCUUGCCCUUUUUCCACCUGUGAUGGAAAAUCGCAUCUAG